AUUGUCUUCAUCGGUUUUUCCUUUUCCUUCUCUUUAUAUACUUGAACAGACUUGUUUCUAUGGCUACCUUAAUUGCCAGAGCAUUUGGCUCUAUUAUAUCUGCCAUCGCAUACUGUUUCUUUGGCUACCAAGACAACAAAAAAAGCGUCAACAACAUCAAUUACUACAACAUGCCUAAGGGUCGACCACUUUCUUUGCAGACUGUGGACCUCAAAGUCAGGAUGUGCUGCACUGGUUGCGAGAGGGUAGUCAAAAACGCCAUUUACAAGCUUAGAGGGAUUGAUUCAGUGGAAGUGAACCUAGAAAUGGAAAAGGUAACCGUGAUCGGGUACGUUGAUCGCAACAAGGUGCUGAAACAAGUGAGGAGGGCUGGAAGGAGGGCUGAAUUCUGGCCCUACCCGAAUCCUCCUCUGUACUUCACCUCUGCCAACGAAUACUUUAAAGACACAACAAACGAGUUCAAAGAGAGUUACAACUAUUACAGGCAUGGCUACAACCUCGGACAGAGGCAUGGCAACAUUCCAGUAACCCAUCGUGGAGAUGACAAGGUCAGCAACAUGUUCAACGAUGACAAUGUCAAUGCCUGCUGUCUCAUGUAAAAGUACCAUCCAUUUACAUCAUCAUGCAAUAUUAUUUGCAAUAACUUUUUUUAGUGUGAAAAGAAUUUCACCAAUUAAUAUAUAGUUUCAUGAAGUAAUAGUUAAAAUAUC